GGUAAGGCGGCGGGGCACUCACCAGAGGCCUCCGCCCCGGGGCUGUCCUGCGGACUAUAGCUGACGCCCGUGGGAAAAGCAGUCGGAGCAGAAGCACCCUCGGAACCAAAGCGCCCGCCCCGCCUACUCCUCGGCAGCGUUUCCCGGAGCACCAGGGGGCGGGGCCUGGCCGGUUGGCCUGGACGAACGGGAAGCCGGGAGCUCGGCCAGGGGUGGCGAGGGUGCGGUGAGGCCUGGUCUCCGGCUGCCAGACCAUGCUGAGUGGAGCACGCUGCAGACUCGCCUCAGCGCUGCGGGGAAGGCGCGCGCCGCCGUCCGCGGUCGCCCGUAGGUGCCUGCACGCGUCGGGGUCGCGGCCUUUGGCCGACCGGGGCAAGAAGACUGAGGAGCCGCCCCGCGCCUUCGAUCCGGCGCUGCUGGAGUUCCUGGUGUGCCCGCUCUCCAAGAAGCCGCUCAGAUAUGAAGCAUCAACAAAUGAAUUGAUUAAUGAAGAGUUGGGAAUAGCUUAUCCAAUCAUUGAUGGGAUCCCUAAUAUGAUACCACAGGCAGCUAGGAUGACAUGUCAAAGUAAGAAGCAAGAAGAAGUGGAGCAGCGCUAGUUCAUAAUUUAAAAAAAUUUAAGAAACACAACAGCCAACUUAGUACCAUAUACCUUUUGAAACACAGUGGCAGGUAAUAAGUGGAAGAGAAGAAUGUUUCUGUCUCUUCCUACGCUGACUGUUCUUAUUCCACUGGUUUCUUUAGCAGGACUGUUCUACUCAGCCUCUGUGGAAGAAAACUUCCCACAGGGCUGCACUAGCACAGCCAGCCUUUGCUUUUACAGCCUGCUCUUGCCUAUUACCAUACCAGUGUAUGUAUUCUUCCACCUUUGGACUUGGAUGGGUAUUAAACUCUUCAGGCAUAAUUGAUGCAACUAGAGUCAAUAUGCUGUAUAUAUUAAUGACAGCUCUUGGGCAUCGAUCUCUGAAAGCUCAAAUGGAUGGAAUUUAGUUUGCGGGAAAGAGGCUUUGCUUUGCGCAUAUCAGGCUUAGGACUGUGGGAGGCUUAAGUUGCAGAUGCUUCUUUUAUUGUACUCUUGUUCUGCCCUGUUUUUUGAAGGCUCUGACUUAUAACUGCUGUAUCAGAAGAAACGUUUUGACAGUGUCUUGUUGGAGAUGAACAUCCCUAAUUGACAUGUGAUGACUAUUUCUUAUUCCAUUCAUCUAAGAGUCAUUGAAAUUUUGUUUUGCUUGUUUGUUUAGUUCAAGGUCUUUGGUAAAGUCACAUGUUAGGGAUGACUGAAAUAAUUCCAAAGGAGUGAUGUUGGAAUAGUCCCUCUAAGGGAGAGAAAUGCAUUUGAACGAAUGUGAUAUAAAACCACAUAAUCAAAUAGAAACUUCAUGUACUUACAAAAACUGAGUUUGUAAAAUUACCUUCAUUUCUUUGACAUUAAAUGCUUAUAUUAGCAAUAAACAUGUUGACACUUUCCUAUAAAAAAUAAA